UGCUUCGUUUGGAGAGUCUCUCUCUCUCUCUCGCUGGAAAGGCUUACGCCGUCGUCGACAAAUUUUCGAUCUCUCAAAUUAAACCGGGAAAAUUUCAAACAGAAAAUCGGGAAAAAAAAAAAGAACAUGAAAGAACCAAAAGAGAAAAGGAAAAAAGUUCAGUUUGUUUCGCAAUAAAAGAGAAUUGCACUGUCUACUUCUGUGAGAAUCUAGGGUUUAAAAGGUUUUUUCAUCGAAUCGGGUAGCCAUGGAUUUGCGAUUCCCUUACUCUCCGGCGGAGGUCGCCAAGGUCCGCAUGGUCCAGUUCGGAAUCCUCAGCCCCGACGAAAUCCGGCAAAUGUCGGUGGUGCAGAUUGAGCACGGUGAAACGACCGAGAGGGGAAAACCUAAAGUGGGCGGUUUAAGUGACCCGCGGCUGGGCACAAUUGAUCGGAAGAUGAAAUGUGAGACGUGUACGGCCAACAUGGCAGAGUGUCCAGGGCAUUUUGGGCACUUGGAGCUUGCCAAGCCUAUGUUUCAUAUUGGGUUUAUGAAAACUGUGCUCAGUAUAAUGAGAUGUGUCUGCUUCAAUUGCUCUAAAAUUCUCGCUGAUGAGGAAGACCAUAAAUUUAAGCAGGCAUUGAAGAUAAAGAAUCCAAAGAAUAGGCUGAAAAAGAUCUUAGAUGCAUGCAAGAAUAAAAGUAAAUGUGAGGGCGGUGAUGAAAUUGAUGUCCAAGGUCAAGAUACAGAGGAGCCUGUAAAAAAGAGUCGUGGUGGCUGUGGUGCUCAGCAGCCGAAGCUGAGUAUUGAUGGUAUGAAGAUGAUUGCAGAAUAUAAGCCCCAAAGGAAGAGGAAUGAUGAUCAGGAACAACUUCCUGAACCUGUGGAAAGAAAACAGACUCUCACUGCUGAACGGGUUCUUAGUGUCUUGAAGAGGAUAAGUGAUGAGGACUGCCAACUAUUAGGCUUAAAUCCUAAGUAUGCCCGUCCAGAUUGGAUGAUUCUUCAAGUACUUCCAAUACCUCCACCUCCUGUGAGACCUUCUGUGAUGAUGGACACUUCGUCCAGGAGUGAGGCAAGUCCUAGUUCGCCAGGUUACAGUCCAACAAGUCCAGCAUAUUCUCCUACAAGUCCCUCUUAUUCUCCGACCUCACCGAGCUAUAGCCCUACCUCUCCAAGUUACAGCCCUACCUCUCCAAGUUACAGUCCCACUUCACCGAGUUAUAGUCCCACAUCUCCUAGCUAUAGUCCAACUUCACCUAGCUACAGCCCCACUUCACCCGUAUAUAGCCCCACUUCACCAGCAUACAGCCCCACUUCACCGGCAUAUAGCCCCACUUCUCCAUCAUACAGCCCAACAUCCCCAUCAUACAGCCCUACAUCUCCUUCCUACAGCCCAACCUCACCCUCCUAUAGCCCCACAUCUCCAUCAUACAGCCCUACUUCACCAGCUUAUAGCCCGACUUCUCCAGGGUACAGUCCAACCUCACCAAGUUAUAGUCCCACAUCACCAAGCUAUAGUCCUACCUCUCCAAGUUACAAUCCACAGUCAGCCAAGUACAGUCCAUCUCUUGCGUACUCACCAAGCAGUCCAAGGUUGUCUCCGUCCAGUCCUUAUAGUCCAACUUCACCAAAUUACAGCCCAACAUCACCAUCAUAUUCACCGACUUCUCCUUCUUACUCCCCUUCAAGUCCAACAUACAGUCCUAGCAGCCCAUAUAAUUCUGGAGUGAGUCCAGACUACAGCCCAAGUUCGCCACAGUAUAGUCCAAGUGCUGGGUACUCCCCUAGUGCUCCGGGGUAUUCACCAUCAUCAACUAGCCAGUACACCCCACAAACAAGCAACAAGGAUGAUCGGGCGACUAAGGAUGAUAGAAGCAGUAAAGAUGACAGGAGUAAACGAUAAUGCAUGACAUUUUCAAAGAGCUUGAGAGGAAGCCAAGGUUGAUUUGUUUUUAAACUCUAAAAUUGUUGCAAUUUUUGAAAUUGCAGUGAUAUGACCCUUGCACUUCGCCGAUUUCCAUUAGGCUGCUCUUCCAAUUUCCAAAGGUUUUUAAAAAUUUUGGGAUGGGUACCUGUAAACCUUACUUUUGAUGAGCAAUGUUGUAUCACCACCAAACACAGUUUGUGUUCUUAUGUAACAUUUUUUUAGUGAAAAGAUGCUUUUUCAAUGUAAUUUCUAAGUAAUCUAUUCAUUCAUA